AUGACAAAAGCAGACUUGGUUACACAAAUCGUAAAGGACAUUGAGGUGACUCGAAAAGAGGCUGACGUAAUCGUCACGACCUUUUUGGAAGGCAUUGUCGAGGCAGUGCGCAGUGGCGAAAAAGUUGAAAUUCGAGGCUUUGGCAGUUUUCGGACAAGGAGCCGUAACAGUCGUGUUGGCAGGAACCCCAAAACAGGGGAACAGGUUGUAGUGCCUGCAAGCACGAUUCCAUUUUUCAAAGCCAGCAAGCAGUUGCGUGAAGCCGUCAACGACGGUACACCAACCGAUUAG